UUGGCGAGAAUUUGCAAAGCGGCUGGGAAAGUUGGGAACUCCCCUGCAGGCGCAUAGGAGCUGCUGCUACCGCAUCUUCUCCAUCCCACGGAUUUUACUGCCUUGGAUAUUGCGAGGGGAGGGAGGGGGGAGAGGACAGCGAAAGAAGGGGGGGAGAGGAAAAGAAGGAGCCUGAUAAUUUCGGCUACAUUCCUCCGACUGCCCCGCGGCCCCGCUCCGCGCCCGCUCUGCCAUCCCUGCACCAUGCACUUGCUGGAGGUGCUCUCCCUGGGCUGCUGCCUGGCUGCCGGCGCCGUGCUCCUGGGACCCCGGCAGCCGGCCGCUGCCGCCGCCUACGAGUCCGGCCAGGGCUACUACGAGGAGGAGCCCGAUGCGGGGGAGGCAAAGGCUCACGGAAGCAAAGACCUGGAAGAGCAGUUGCGGUCAGUGUCCAGUGUGGAUGAGCUCAUGACAGUACUUUACCCAGAAUACUGGAAAAUAUUCAAAUGUCAGUUGAGGAGAGGAGGUUGGCAACACAACAGGGAGCACUCCAGCUUUGACACAAGAUCAGAUGAUUCUCUGAAAUUUGCUGCAGCACACUAUAAUGCAGAGAUCCUGAAAAGUAUUGAUACUGAAUGGAGAAAAACUCAGUGCACGCCACGUGAAGUGUGUGUGGAUGUGGGAAAAGAGUUUGGAGCAACUACAAACACCUUCUUUAAACCCCCAUGUGUAUCCAUCUACAGAUGUGGAGGUUGCUGCAAUAGUGAAGGACUUCAGUGUAUGAAUAUCAGCACAAAUUACAUCAGCAAGACACUGUUUGAGAUCACGGUGCCCCUGUCCCACGGCCCCAAGCCCGUCACCGUCAGUUUCGCCAACCACACGUCCUGCCGGUGCAUGUCCAAGCUGGAUGUGUACAGACAAGUCCACUCCAUCAUAAGGCGUUCCUUGCCAGCAGCACAAACUCAGUGUCAUGUGGCAAACAAGACCUGUCCAAAAAAUCAUAUUUGGAAUAAUCAAAUUUGCAGAUGUUUGUCACAGCAUGAUUUUGGUUUCUCUUCUCACCUUGGAGAUUCUGACACAUCUGAAGGAUUCCAUAUCUGUGGACCGAACAAGGAGCUGGAUGAAGAAACCUGUCAGUGUGUCUGCAAAGGAGGCGUGCGGCCCUCGAGCUGUGGUCCUCACAAAGAAUUAGACAGAACAUCGUGUCAGUGCAUGUGCAAAAACAAACUUAUCCCUGCAUCCUGUGGGCCCAACAAGGAAUUUGAUGAAGAAAAGUGCCAGUGUGUAUGCAGAAAGACCUGUCCUAGACAUCAGCCGCUAAACCCUGCAAAAUGCGUCUGUGAAUGUAUAGAAUCUCCCAAUAAAUGCUUCUUGAAAGGAAAAAGGUUCCAUCACCAGACAUGCAGUUGUUACAGACCUCCGUGUACAGUGCGGACGAAGCGCUGCGACGCUGGGUUUUACUUCAGUGAAGAAGUGUGCCGCUGUGUACCUACAUAUUGGAAAAGGCCACUUAUGAAUUAGCCAAGAGAGCACUACUUGCUACGUUGGUGCACAUUUUUCCAUUACAACAAAAGAGCAACAGAAACUUUGCUAAUAUUUGGAAUUAAAUGUUCACCAGAGACCCUGUGGGGCAUUCAGAGACAGACCUAUGCUUUUCUCAAGACGUGGAAAGCAAAUGUAGAAAACAACUGGGGUUCAUGUUUUGUAAAGAACUCAGUAAGGACUUAUUUUCUGUCAAUGACCAAACAGCCUAGGUUCUCCUUCUUGUGAUUUUUUUUUUUAAGAGAUAAUGACUAUAUAAUUUAUUUCCACUAAAACCAUCGUGCAGCAUUUCUGUUUAUAGCAGUAACAAUUGUUAAAGCUCACUGUGAUCAAUAUUUUUAUAUCAUGCAAAGUAUGUUUAAAAUAAAAUGGAAAUCGUAUUAUA